AUGGCGGUCCGCGGUCUGCUGGCGCUGGCGCUGCUCGCCGCGGGCUGCGGCGCGGACCUGACGAAGAUCACCGCCUGCACCUGGGAGCAGAAAGGAACCCAGGAGUGCGACACCGUGUGCCUCGAUCUGGGCACGGGCUCCGGGCACCGGGAGGUCUGCCGCGAGAACUUGUACGAGAACGCGGACAAUACCUGCGGCCUCACGAUGUACUACAACUCGGGCAACGACGGCUGCAAGAUCUGCGACGGCGACGACACCGACGGGACGAUCUACACGCGGCACAAGAUCGACAUCUGCUCCACGAUCACGAGUUGCUCCGCGGGCUACGAGCCGAGCAGCGACGGCCAGGACUGCGACCCGAGCCCGACGCCCGCGCCGACCACGAGCCCGACGCCCGCGCCGACGCUGGCGCCCGCGCC